GAUUCGUCCACGAUUGCGCACAGAGUAGGUUCGCGGUCGUGCGAGAGUCCACAUGAGCCUGUUGCCAGUUAUUGAUCCUGACACGAUUAAACAACACUGCAUUGCUGUCAACUACGAAAACAAUUCUGGUCACGCAGCGUUUGUAAAAACGCGCCGACGAACAGUUACGGUAACGUGUGCGUCUACAUUUCACACAAAGUACUACGAUAUUGAAAUGUGCUGUAGUGUCUCAUCGACGUCAUCGUUAUUCUGUCAAAAUGUAGAAGAAGUCCCGUAAGACUCGAAAUAUCGAUGAGUGACACUUGCCAUUCAUACGUGAGGAUGUCAUCGUCGGUUCUCUGCGGGAAAAGGAACUUUUAAAGCGAGCAUAUUGAAGAGUUCUUGUCAUUGAGAGAUCCCUGAUUUUACUUAGUUAACUGCUAUUUCUCAAAAGUUACACACGUAUCUCGACUUGGGACUCUAGAAACGCUUGAAUCUGUGUUGCUGCUGCACAUGUGAUCCUUUAGGUGUUAUCUUCGGUUCGUAAUGAAGAAGUUUACAAUUAAAGGCGUUCUGGACGGGUUCCGAUCGUCGGUACCGCAACCCGUCAAACCUGAUCAGGAGAUCGUCGAAAAUUUGCGGCCAGAACAUUUUCAAGUAAAGAAGACAUUCAGACAUGGCUUUCCACAUCAGCCGACAGCAGUGGCAUUCGAUCCAGUUCAAAGGCUUCUUGCUAUUGGCACUAAAUCUGGAUCUCUUAGGAUUUUGGGCCGGCCAGGCGUGGAUGCACACGUGAAACACGAGGGAUGCACAGCGGUGAUGCAAUUACAGUUUUUAAUCAACGAGGGAGCGUUAGUUUCCGCUACUGCGGACGAUACUUUGCAUCUAUGGAAUUUCCGACAGAAAAUACCACAAGUUGUGCAGAGUCUCAAAUUUCAAAGAGAAAGAAUAACGUGCAUCCACCUACCACUUCAAAGUAAAUGGCUCUAUGUCGGCACGGAACGAGGGAACAUCCAUGUCCUUCAUAUCGAGACGUUCGUCCUUUCUGGAUACGUAAUUAAUUGGAACAAGGCUAUCGAAAUAUCUAGAAAGACCCACCCUGGUGCUGUAGUACACUUGAGUGAUAAUCCUUUAGAUUUGAGCAAGAUGCUGAUAGGAUACGAGUCCGGGCAAAUAGUUUUUUGGGAUUUGAAAACGAAAAACGCAGAUUACAGAUGCCAGAGCGAUGUACCUUUGAGAUCGAUAUCUUGGCAUCACGAAGGCAAACAGUUUAUGUGUAGUCAUACCGAUGGUUCUUUGUCAACAUGGACGGUGCGUCAAGUGAAACCAACGAACGUAACGCACCCGCACGCGAAAACUACUAAAGACGGCGAGCCAGAACCGUGUAAACCGAUACAAAAGGUUGAGUGGAAACUCUCAAGAUCAGGGGAGGUGUACGUUAUAUUUUCCGGUGGUUUAGCAUACGACACAACUGGACGAACUCCAAGUAUAACGGUGAUACAUGGGAAAACCACCACUGUACUAGAAAUGGAACAUAAUGUGAUAGACUUUAUAACACUAUGCGAAAAUCCAUGGACCAGCGAUUACCAGGAUCCAUACGCUGUCGUGGUUCUACUACAGAACGACUUGGUUGUGAUAGAUUUGUCAACACCUGGAUUUCCGUGUUUCGAAAAUCCAUAUCCAAUGGACAUACACGAGUCGCCUGUGACGUGCUGCGCAUAUUUUGCAGACUGUCCUUCGGAUUUAGUACCAGCUUUUUAUUCAGUCGGAUCGAAGUCUCAAAAGAAGACCGGAUUCAGUGAAAAGGAUUGGCCGAUAUCCGGCGGGGAAUGGAGCUCAAGUUCAAGCGGUUACAAUGAGAUUAUUUUAACUGGACACGCCGAUGGUAGCAUAAAGUUCUGGGACGCAUCGGCGGGCACGUUGCAAGUCCUCUAUAAAUUGAAGACGGCGAAACUUUUCGAGAAAGGUAGAACGCGUAGCAUAGACUCGGAAGAAGAUCCUUUAGCGAUACAGCUCAUCUUCCUUUGUCCCGAAAGUCGGAAAUUAGCGAUCGCGGGAAGCGGGCGACACGUUGUUUUAUUUAAAUUCAAAAAAGUUGAGAGUAUGUCCGAAGUGGUGACUUUGGAGAUAUCGCUCACAGCUGAUCCAGCCAAGGAAGUGGAAAGUUCAUCCGACCAUGAUUCCCCAGCUGGUAACACUUCGGGAAGUAGCGAGUCGAAAAACAAUGAAUCGAAUCAAUCACUUAAAGUUAAGACUGGUUUGCAGAAGAGGGCCGCAGGCUUUCAGGCAACCUUGGUUUGCUUAACGAUUACCAAUAGUGGAGAACAAACUGAAAAUAUAACUGCUCUCAGUUUGAAUUCUUCUUAUGGUUUAAUGGCUUAUGGGAACGAGUCUGGUAUAGUGAUAAUAGACAUUGUUCAGAAGAUUUCCUUGAUUGUGUUGAAUACCGGGGAUAUUGGUGGUAAUACAGAUCCGUGUCAACGAGUGCUACGCAGUCCAAAACGUCAGGACGAAUUGAAACGAGAGAACGAGGACAAAGCGAGAAGUCCUAGCACAGACCAGACACGUGGAGACACUACCGUGGAGUCUGAAGGGUUAUUAGCCGACAGUGCUCAACAUUCUCAGCCGCGCGGUGAAUUUCAAGCCGGAAGCAAUAACGAGAAAGGAACGACGACGGAGGAAUCGGUAAAUGAAACGAAUAGACCCACCGGCGGCACGGCGGUGAACGAAGAAGACUGUGCCAAGAAUCACGGUUGGAAGGGAUUCAGUCUGAAGAGGCAGCUCAGCAAGGUUGAUCUGAAAAUAAAAAGUACUUUCACGCCGGCUUUGGUGACGUCUCAGAAUGGGGUAGGCACUGAUAGUAGCAGUCAGAAAUCUUCCGUUUUUUACUGUAACAUGACCGAAACCGCGAGUUCGUUGUCUCCAGUUGAAAGUACCGUGUCCGAGCCUCCGUUGCCAUCGGAGGUCUCGAUAGCUGGACGUGAAAGUCCAUUGAACGAUGAAAAAAGACGGGGCAACCAAGAGCAACAGGCAAAGAGCCCGGUGGUCGUCGAUGGACAAGACAGAGCCAAGUGCGUCUCGCCGAGAUUCCUCCCCGCCGAGAACGUUGCCGAAAAGUCGGAAGUUGCCGCCGUCAGGCCGGUUAAUCUGACGUUGGCCGAAACGACCUGUGAAACGAAACCACCGCCGAGGCUGAUGAAAAUCGUGAGGCUGAGACAAGCGAAACGGGAGGGUCGUUUAUUGUCCGUACCGAAUUUAAAGUUUGCGAAAAACGAUCCGGCGAUGAUUUGCGACCUAAGGUGCGAGGAAGUGAACACCGGCUCCGAAUCAUUCACCUGCAAUCUAAUAAGAAGAUUCAGCCGGGUAGACAAGUAUGACAGUUCGUUUCAACGAUCAAGGAGCUCGAGCAUGUCGUCGCUCGAGAAUAUUACCACAGAAACCAUCAGCUGCCUUACGUUCGCAGAUUCCUACACGAAAAAGGGUGAUACCAGUCCUGUACCAACGCUUUGGAUCGGUACAUCUUUAGGGUCUAUACAAACGGUGAUAUUUAACACACCUGCUCGUGGAGAACGACACGCUCACCCAGUCGUCGUUUCUACGUGCAAUGGAUCUACGUUUAAGUUAAAGGGGUGUAUUCUGUCAAUGUCCUUCUUAGAUUGUAACGGCGCCCUGAUUCCAUACUCUUACGAGUCCUGGAAAGACGACAGUAUGGACAGUAAAGAGCGUAACAGAAGCCAAGGCAAAUGUAACAGUCGAACGUCUUCUCCAUCGAUGAACACGCAAGCAGCCACCGGAGAGGGCUUCGAGGAUCGUCAAUUCGUUGUAUUAACAUCGGAGAAACAAGCGAGGGUUGUAGCAUUACCGUCGCAAAAUUGUCUAUAUAGGCAACAACUGGCUGAAACUCAUAUUGUGAUUAAAGCAGAGUUUACGACUAUAAAAGAUAAUGUAUGUCUCGUGUGCUACGUUUCGAAUGGGCACAUAGCUACGUAUAGUUUACCAAGUCUGAGGCCGCUUAUAGAUGUCGAUUUUCUACCGCUAAUAGAUUUGAGUUUUCAGACUACAAAACAUGGCAUUGUAGACCCCAUGUUGUCCAUAUGGGGUCAUCAACUCUUUGUUAAUGGCGAUACCGAUCAAAUUGCAAAGACACUUUGCUUCAGCAAUAGAGGCCAUGGGUUGUACCUCUCGUCACCAACUGAGAUCCAAAAGUUUUCCGUAUCCAGUCAAUUUUGUGGUGAAUUAACUGAAAUGAUGGGAGAUUUAUUCAUUGGUCACGAUAUGCCUGAACCACCUAAAGAAAGUUUCUUCAAAGGCCUCUUUGGUGGUGGGUCGCGAAGCCUUGAUAGAGAAGAGUUAUUUGGCGAAUCAAGCGGCAGAGCUUCUCGCACGGUGGCGAAACAUAUACCGGGACCGAACGCAGGAGCGGAAAGUCUUCGCGAACGCGUGACAACGGCGACGGGCGAAGUGAACAUGGCACACCAGAUGGUCCUCGAGCGUGGCGAGAAGUUGUCGCAGUUGGAGGAGCGGACAGCGCGUAUGAUGUCCGAGGCCGAGGGUUUCUCGCAAUCUGCUCACGGAUUGAUGCUCAAGUACAAAGACAAGAAAUGGUAUCAGCUAUGAGAGCAUCGUUCGAGCUCUAUCCGAAUUUGGAAUAGCGUACGAUUCUAUUGUAAUUUAGCGUUCACAUUUCACCUAUGAGUUCUGUCGUACCAAAUAGGAGGGCGUAAACUAAAAACUCGACAAUUAGGUAAAUUGCGAACUUUACACGCACACACAGGAAACAUGUUAAACAUUGAUAAAGAGUGAGAAACUGGAUAUAUGGAUGUAUGAGUGCAUGUGUAGUUAACACGAUGCAUGUGUUUGAAUGGAUGAAUGCGUGAGUGUGUGCGUGUGUGUUUUAAAGAAAGGAAGUAAGAGAGAAUGAGAGAGAGAGAGAGAGAGAGAGAGAGAGAGAGAGAGAGAGAGAGAGAGAGAGAGGGAGGGAGGGAAGGGGAGAGAGAAAGAGAGAGAAAGUGGAACGAGAGUAAAAGAAACAUAUGAAAUACUUUUACAAGCAGGUAUAAUACACACGCACAUCUUUCAACAAAGAAUAUAAA